AUGAAAAUUCUAGAAAAGGGUUUAAAAUUCACACCCACGCCAAAACAGGAUAAUGUGGAUCUCAUAAAAGAUACCGAGGAGUUUUGUCGAAAACUUAGACUUAGAGAAUAUUUUCAAAAUGAAGAAAAUAUAGACGAAUCUCUUGUAAGAAAUAAAAGUAACUUCAAACCACCACCUAAUAGAGAUAAACAUUUAGAUGAAUUUAUUAAAUGUUUACAAAGUUCCGCAAGAAAUAAUGACUUCUGUAUGAAUACCCGUAUUAAAGAUAAUAUCAAUAGACUGGAACGAGAAGCUAUCAAAAGCCUCGCAAGUGAUAAUUCUAUUGUUAUAAAGGAAGCAGAUAAAGGGGGAGCAAUUGUCAUUAUGGAUAUGGAUCAUUACAGAGAAAUGGUUUUAGACCAACUUAUGGACACCAACUUUUACAAAGAAUUAGUUUCUAAUGAGGACAGUAAAACCAUAUGCAAGAUUAAGAAAUUAACUUCUAAAUUUGCGGAUAAUUUAACCGUGAAAGAAGUGGAUUAUUUAACAAAUUUCGAAAAUAAAUCUAGUAACUUUUAUGGUUUACCAAAGAUCCACAAAUCCAAAGAAAUACAGGACGGACUCGAAGGUAAAAACGCUUUAUAUAUAAAAUUACCUCGACCAACAGAUUUAAAGCUUAGACCAAUUGUAGCUGGCCCUGCAUGCCCCACGCACAGAAUUAGUAACUUGUUGGAUAUACUUCUAAAGCCUCUAUGCCAACUUGUACCAAGUUAUGUAAGGGAUGAUAUGGAUUUUCUUGGCCACAUCCCAGAUACAGUUGAAAUAAAUACAGAGAUGGUUAGUUUUGAUGUAACGAGCCUCUAUACUAACAUACCACAUACACUUGGACUGGAAGCAAUCGCUUUUUGGAUCGAUAAAUACCGCAGUGAAAUAAAUGAAAGAUUUUCCCAAGACUUUAUCCUAGAAGGAUUAAAAAUAGUAUUAGAAAAUAACCAUUUUGUUUUUGACAGCAGAAAUUUUCUACAAAUAAAAGGAACAGCGAUGGGCACAAAAGUUGCCCCAACCUAUGCCACUCUAGUACUUGGGUUUUUAGAAGAAAAAUUGAUCAGUGAAACAGACAGAAGAUUUGGAAAUCAGUUUGCCCAAUAUAUACGCUUUAAUUGGAAGCGAUAUUUAGAUGAUUGUUUCAUUUUCUGGAACAGAUCUAAUGAAGAUUUACAAGAAUUUCAUUCAAUUCUUAACAAUCUACACCCGUCUAUUAAAUUUACGGUGGAAAAAAGCGGAUUGGAACUACCUUUUUUAGAUAUCCUUAUAAUUAAGGAGGGUCGUAAAAUCAUAACAGAUUUAUACUACAAGAAAACGGAUUCCCACCAAUACCUUGUAUUUAAUUCCUGCCAUCCUUCACACGUAAAACGUAACAUACCUUUUAAUAUGGCAAGACGUGUUUGUACCAUUGUCAUAGAUGAAACCAGAAGAAACAGCCGUCUACAGGAAUUGAAAACUUUUUUACUUAGACAAAAAUAUCCCAAUGAUCUAAUAGACGUCGCUAUUGAAAGGGCCAAGUCAAUACCAACUACAGAUCUCCGGAGUUCUACAAGAGCAGGGGCCCAGGAAAACAAUAAAGAAAUCCCGCUUGUCGUUACACAUAACCCCCGGAACCUUAAUAUGUAUAAUUCCGUAAAACAGUGCUUCCCCAUUCUACAACAAUCCCAAAAUCUAAAGGAAUUAAUUGACCUGAAGAACGUAAUCUAUAGCCGGCGCCAACCCCCAAACCUGAAGAAACUCCUUACAAGAGCCAAAUUUUCGUCAAAUGAAGACAUACGCACAGUGGCCAAAUGUAUGGACCCCCUAUGUGGAACCUGUCCUUAUUUAAAAACAGGAGAGACGUUUACUUUUAAAUGUGGGUAUGAGAAAUCAUUACAAGACAAACAGAUAAGCAAUUCAACUAAUUGGUCAGAACGAGAAAAUAAUGAACCAGGGGUGCGCUUACAGAACCAAAAUGAUUCAAAUAACGAACACAGUCAUUUUCUGGACUAUGGACCUUAUGACAUUUUAAACCUGAAAGUCGGGAAAGACUUUGAAGCCUGA